AUGGCUCAGCUUCGACAGCUGUUGACGGGGGAAGGUCUGGCGGGGCGGGUGACACUCACCACGGACAUAUGGACCAGUGAGAACAACGUCGCCUUCAUGGUGGUGACUGCUCACCGAGUCACCUCGGACUUGCAGCUGCAGCAGAUGGUGAUCGACUUCCGGCCGCUGGAGGGCCGUCACACAGGGGAUAAGAUAGCGGGCGAGCUGGAGCAGGUCAUAGGGCAGUGGGCAUUCGGUGGUGGUGAGUUCUUUGACGUGACCACGAACAACGUCGAGAACAACAACCGGGCGGUUCGUCUACUGACCAGCGUCGCUGACGACACACCCGGGUGCAUGGCCCAUGUCCUGAACCUCGCAGGGCAGUACGCAAUGAAGGUUGAGCCGGUGGUCGAGGCGCUCCGGAGGCUGCGAGCUGUGGCUAGCUACAUCGAGUGGUCGUUGCAGUGGUCAGAGCGGUACAUCCAGAAACAGUAUGAUGCUGGCCGUGCGGCGACAGAGGCAGAGGAGGGCACUAAAGAGGGGGGGGGAGAGGCAGGCAGAGGGUGGCACAGCAGAGGAGGGGGCGACGCAGGCAGAGGGGGGCAGCAGUGCGCGCAAAAGACCUGCUGA